CCUAUGUUUACAAUGGAAGUGACGUAUCUGUAGGCACAGCCAUACACAGAUCUGUACCUGUGAGAUUGGAGCAUGGCGGGUGUGUGGAGGUCCUACCAGGCGCUGAUGACCAGGCACCCCUGGUCCGUCCAGAUACUGACUGCAGGCUCAUUGGUUGGUGCCGGUGAUGUCAUUUCCCAGCAGCUGAUUGAGAGAAGAGGGUUGGCCAAUCACAGCGGGCGGCGGACGGUCCGGAUGAUGGCCAUUGGUUUCUGCUUUGUGGGUCCAGUGAUAGGUGGCUGGUACAAGGUGCUGGACAGGCUGGUUGUUGGGGGAAGUAAAAGUGCUGCUAUGAAGAAGAUGCUGAUAGAUCAGCUGGCUUUCGCCCCUUGCUUCCUUGGAGCGUUCCUUGGUCUCUCAGGGGCUCUGAAUGGACUGACAAUGGAGCAGAACGCUGCCAAGCUGAAACGGGAUUAUGCUGAUGCAUUGAUCUCAAACUACUAUCUGUGGCCACCAGUCCAGAUUGCCAACUUUUAUUUUGUCCCUCUGCAUCACAGACUGGCUGUUGUGCAGGUUGUAGCCGUCUCUUGGAACUCCUACCUCUCCUGGAAAGCCAAUCAGAUCUGAAGACCGUCAGCAUUACUAGUGAUGUCGUGGGAUGUGUGCUGUGAUAUAUUGUUGACUUGCUCUUUUUCUAUUCCAGUCCUGAAACUCUUGACAUGUUGUGAUUGAGUCAUUUUGUAAAGGUUGCGGGGGAAUGUUCCGCCCAAAGUGACAAAUUCACACUUGAAAGUCAACCUUGCAUUGCACUAGUGUGAAAGUUUGUUCUCCAUGCUAAUUAGAUUUGCCACCACUCCGGCAACACACAAAUCACUAACACCGGGAAACAUACAUAACACAUACAUUGAAGAAAACCUUACAAUUAUGAUAUGCUAUCAUAGGUCCUUGUGAUUGCAACCUAACUUACUUAAAAACACAAUUUAAUAAUAAAGGGCUUAAAUAUUGAGGAUGUGAAAUACUUUGGCAUGCAUUGCAUAAUCGUAUUGGGCUUGGGUUGUGUAGUCUUAUUUCUAUCAGAUGAUGAUGGUGAUAUUGGGGUUGUGUAGUCUUACUUCUAUCAGAUGAUGAUUGUGAUAUAGGGGUUGGGGUUGUGUACUCUUAGUUCUAUCAGAAUGAUGGUGCCAUGAAAAUGCCAUGAAAAUGCCAUGCAUGGCUGUCGACCAAUUUAACCAUUUUAUAAAAACUUGUUUCCCACACAAACAAACCAAAGCUAUAUAAGGCAACUGUGACUGAUGAAUCCAUUGAAGAUGUGCCAGAAUAGCCUGGCUCACCUGGGACAGUCAUCUUCACAUGGAAGUUGGAACAUGCUUUCUUUUCGCAUCCAGGUCUCUCCUGUUUCCAGGCAUGCGCCAGCACUUUGUACCGGACACACUAAAUGGUGCUCCAACAUUAUUGUCCUUUGGUGAAGUAAAGGCUUGGAUAGAUGCUAACUUUGGGUGAAAUAAAUAAAUCUUUUUUUAAUUUA